UUCCCGGCCAUGUUGCAGGGAAGGGGGCUGUAAACAGAAGCCAGCCCGAAGGAGGGAGGGAGGAGGGAGGGAGGCGGCCAGCUGUGCACUGCGACCCCCCCGCCCCCCGCCGAGAGGAGACGCAGCCGGGAUCGGGGCCCCCCCGCGCCGGGCCCGAGCCGCCCCCCGCGAAGGAAGGAGCCGCCUGCCUGCCUGCCUGCCUGCCAGCGCCCGUGCCAGCCGCCGUGAUGCCACCUCGGCACCCUCUGCCCGCCACGGGGGCCCGGGCCCUGUUGGUGUAUUUCUUCCUGGAGCUCCUGGCUGCAACCGAGGGCUACAUCCAUGCUAUGUCGGACCACAACUCCAGCAUGGAGUUUGCUGACUUGCCGGCCCUCUUUGGCAACCCGCUGCCCCGCGAUGGACUCCUGGGCUUCCUGGUCGAAGCCAGGCCAGCCAACGCCUGCCAGGCCAUUGAGCCUCCCCCGGCGCCGGCCAACAGCAGCCUCUUCAUCGCCCUCGUCCAGAGAUACAACUGCAGCUUCGACGUCAAGGUGUACCAUGCCCAGCAGGCUGGGUACCUGGCAGUCCUGGUGCACAACGUGGGCUCAGACAAGCUGCUCAACAUGGUUUGGGAUGACGAGACGCUCCACAAAAGCAUCACCAUCCCGUCCGUCUUCACUGGGGAAACAGCAGCUGCCUACCUGCGCAUGCUCUACACCUACGAGAAGGGAGGCCGUGUGCUCCUGAUUCCUGACUACAUCUUCCCCCUGGGCUAUUACCUCAUCCCUUUCACGGGGGUGGUGGGCAUCGUCAUGGCCGUGAUGUGCACCAUUCUGAUUGUGCGCUGCGUUCAGCACCGGAAGCGGAUGAGGCGGGACCGGCUCUCCAAGGAGCAGCUGAGGAAGAUCCCCCUGCACAAGUACAAGAAAGGGGAUGAGUACGACGUCUGCGCCAUCUGCCUGGAGGAGUACGAGGACGGCGACCGGCUGCGGAUCCUGCCUUGCGCGCAUGCCUAUCACUGCAGGUGUGUGGACCCCUGGCUGACCCAGACGAAGAAGACCUGCCCAGUCUGCAAGCAGCGCGUCAUCCACUCGCCCGAGGACUCCGACUCGGAGGGCGAGGAGGGGGCCGACCGCCACGCCGCGCCCCCCAGGGACGAGGAGGGAGGGGAGGGGCGCCAGGAGGAGGAGGAGGAGGAGCCGCGCGAUUCGGAGCGCACCCCGCUGCUGCGCCCCUCGCCCACGGCCCAGCUGGGCCCCUCCUUUGGCAGCAUGGCCCACUCACCCCCCUCCGGCCCUCACGGCCUGGGGGCCGAAGGCGACCAGCGGGGCACGGACCACGAGGAGGGAGCGCCCCCCGCCGACUGUCCUCGGAGGCCGCUGCUGGUCUAGCACUGCCCUGCCCCCCCGCCCCUGCCGUGCCCCCCUGCAGGAGGGGGGGCCAUCUCUCUUCUUCCCACGGAGCUUCCAGUCUGCCUUCACCAGGGCGGGGGGUCUGCGAGGGGGUCCAGCUGGGGCAGAGGCAGGACGCCAGGGGCCGGGCUUCAAGGACCCUGGGCAUGGGGGGCCAAGGGCAGGGGGGCAGAGCUCAGCAUCCCCCCCCCCCGCCGCCAGCAUCUCUUGAUGCAAGACAGAUUCUCCUUCCUUGGGCAGCUGCUAUAAACAGUGAUGAGCGAAGCACAAGCUGCCUGCAUUCCUGUGGCUGGGGGAGCGGGGGGGCUUAGCAGGGCCCCCCCACUCUUUGGGUAGGGCUCCUUGCUCUUGUGAGCUCCUGCUGCCCCCCCCACCUGCCUGCCUGCCCUUAGUAAGGGGGCUGGACUCCACCUUGGAGGUGCCAGAGAGCCCCCCCCCGCACUUGCUCCCUUUCCAAGCUGGGUGGUUGGGGGGGGGGCAGGCACAGAGAGGGGAGGGGGCUGGGGCUGCAGAGGAGGCCUUUUUGGCGGGGGUCGGGGGGGAGCGUCUGCCCCGGAGGAAGGCCUGUUCAGCCAGUAAAGGAGAGGGGCUCUGGCCCGGGGGGGGGGCUUGGCCAGGAGGAGGGCAGCGGCUCUCUGCACCCACCCCCACCCCGCGUCCCAGUGUUUUGGGCAGCCUGCUCUUCGGCCCCAUGCCCUGCCUGCCUCCCUCUUGCCACGGUGCCCUUUUCUGCCAGCCCCCCUGUGCCAAGGAGGACCCCUCUCCUCCCACUGCCCCCCUGCUCUUGCCAGCCCCCACCCCCACCCCACACACACACCCCGCUUGGAGGUGGCGGUUCUGCUCCCAGCGCGGCCCUCUUAACACUAACUCCUGCUCGCACUGGCUCUCUCUUGGGGAGGGGCCACACUCUUCCCACCCGCCCCAUGCUAGGAGGGGGGGGGUUGGCUCGGGGGGGGGCAGGCUCCGCUCCAGCUGAGGACGAGGAUCUGCCUCCCUCCCAGCCCGCAGCCCAAGGGCCCCUUCCUCACCCUGGGCAUUGGCUGACUGGCUGUGGGGAAGGGGCUGCUUUGUGGGGGGGGGAGCGGCAUGUGAGUGCCUCAGCAAAAGGGGCGCCUUGUCCUCUUGCCUGCCCCCCCUCCGUGGGACCAAGACUGGCUUGGCUCCUGUGCUCCCCCCCCCCCGCGCUGCUGUCUCUCGCUGCCGCCGCCUGACCUGGGAGCAUUUUUACUGACCUUUUACUUUUGUUUUUUAACUGUACAGAUCUUUGCAAAGCAGCAGUUUGACCGCGUGGGGGGGGCGAAGGGCUGGGACGAGGGGCGCUGCUGCUGCUGCUGCUGUAGCCCUGUGGGGCACCUGAUGAUUAAAAGGGAGCUGGUUGGA